AUGACUCGAGUGGGCCUUAAGUUGUUGGUCAUGCUGUCCACAACACGGCUUAAUUUUGGGUUAAUGGCGGUUGUUGGUUGCAUGGUUGUUGCAACUCAGGUGCUCAUCCCAAAAACUUGGAUAUGUGAUGCAGCUGAACAAUUCGGUCGGAAGGGAACAAAGGAAGAAUAUAAGGACGAGGGGGAUUAUGAACAAAAGCUGCAUUCAACUACAAAUAAAAACUCGAAACUUAAUAUGAUAUCGGGUUUUACAGUGAGCUUUUGUCAUAAUAAUAUGUUAUGUGAAGAUCAUUCAUCUCUGCAUCCUGCAACAUCUCAUGAACCCGAGACCACUCAGCUUCAACUGGUUCCACUAACUGAUAAUUCCAAAGAAUUGGCAGUUUCACGAAGUGAGGGUAAUAAUGACAUUUUAUUAGAAUCCAAGAGACAGAUGAGAGAGAAUGAAGGGAUUUCAACCAAGACAAAUUGUGCUGGUGUUAGUGAUCAAAGACAAGGUUCAAAUUCAAAAAGUGUUAUAGAGCUAACAAAUGGAUCUUCAGAGGAUACUAAAGAGCAAAGUGAUAGUGAUACCCCUGAGAAUAAUUCACAGUACACAACCGUUUAUGUUGGCAACCUUGGCCUUGAAGUAAGACCUCUUAAUCCUAAAAUUUAUCUGUAUGAGACAAGUCUUGAGCAAUUAAGAGCUGAAAGUUGUAAUAAACUCAAAGUAAAAUCUUAG